CGUUAUAUUGCUGUAUACUAGAUUUAGAAACAAAUGAAUCAAUAUCUAGUUCUGAUUUUACCUUUACCUUCAAUUACCGAUCGUCAUCCAUUGUAAAGAUACCAAUAAUGGUAUAUUUUAGACGUUUUGUGAAAAACUUGUUCAGAUCAAACGGGGAGGGAAGAAAACAAACGGACAAGCCACCUUUUGUUACAAACUACAAAUGAAAUCCCUACUUAAUAGGAAAACAAUGUAAGAAUUAAUAGGGUUCUUGAAUAACUUUGAGCCUAGAGUCCCGAAAUUGUGUGAGAGAUGCACCGGAUCCAGGGGAGGACCUACAAAAAGAGAGAUAAGUGGAUUGUUUAUUUCUUGAGGGAAAUACGAUGCUUACCCCUGUAAAAAAGAGACGACUUCUGGUGACGUCUGAGGAAGUGUAGAGUCUGCUGUAUGGACUUACUCAUCCACAUGUUUUAGGUCAUAAAACUGUGACGGACUCUUGUUUGAAAUGUUUUCUAUAGACAUAAGAAUGGUCUUGUUUAUCUUUUUGUUGUCUUAUGCUUUUCUGAUUGACGUGAGGCAAGAAAAACACUUCCUCAGCUACAAGUUUGCAGCUCUUUGCAAAGCAAACACACAUCCUGUGUUCAAAGCCGUGGCCGUGUAUGACAACAUAAAGAUCGCUCAAUACGAUAAUGAAGAAAUAGUUGGGAUAAGAUCAAGUCUGACUGAAGACGACUGGAGCGAGGAUUCUCCAGAGUCUAGAGACUGGUUUCUUCAUCAGUUAAGGACUCUGUCAAACUGCUUGGACUCAGAGCUCCAUGUUCUUCAGAGAAUAGUUGGUUGUGAACUGGAGAAGCGUUCUGACGGAUCGGAGAGUCUGAGAGUAUUUGAUGAAUACGGAUUCGAUGGAGAGGAUUUCAUUGCCUUCGAUUCCGACGCUCUUCAGUGGAUUGUUAAAAACCCCAAAGCUGAAGAAACCAAAAGGGAAUGGGAUCGGCAAACUGGACGAAACCGGUUCCUUCAGCGCUACCUCAAGACCUGCGUCCACCGGAUCUCCACAAUUGACAACAUGAAAAUCACUCCACCAGAUGUUCAUGUCUCGGUGCCGAAGGUUUCUGAUGACGGAAGUAAGCUGGUUCUGAGCUGCCUGGCCACCGGUUUCCACCCCAGAGAUAUCCAGAUGAACAUCAGGAGGGAUAAAUCCGUUCUUGAGAACCAAAAAUCAUCCGGAACCAGACCAAAUAAUGAUGGAUCCUUUCAGAUGAGAAUCAGUGUGGAGAUUGAUAGUAAACACAAAGGGUUUUACGACUGUGUGGUCAUUCACAGCGGCCAGUCUCAGACACGAGCGAUCCUAACAGUGUGGACCAUUUAACAAUUCUGCCUUAUGCACUUUUCUUUUUAAUUCUUUAGUGUGCAAUGUUCAGUUUGCUGGACGAUAAGGAGAAUAUACAGCCAUGCCCAUGCCUGCAAAAAGAAGAAAAAACUGCUGGAGACGGCGAGGGACCUCUUGUAAAUAAAACAUACUGAGAAAUGUUAAAAGAUAAAAUAAAAUAAACUACUGCAUUAUUUGUGCAGAUUCAUGCUUAUAUUAUUAAAAUGACUAAACGAUGAGUUAAUAAUGAUGCGCAAACCUAAUGAUGUGUUGAUAAUUAAUUAAUGACCAUUACAGUUUAUAAAAGCCAUUACUAAACACUUUUAGAAACAGUGAUGGUAAUUGCCUGGAGGUUGAGAAACUGAAAGACUUUGGCUGACUGUGUCUACAGUGAGAUAUUUAUUAAUAUGAGUUUAUUUGGCUCCACACUCAAGCUUUAAAAUUAAUGAGAUAAUGAGCUGAUUUGUUAAGUGAUGAUUGACCAUUAUUGAAGACACCUGAUGUUAACAAGCAAUACCAUCAAAGAAGAAAAAUCACAAUUUAGGCGUCACCAUUACAAUGAUCAGUGUUUGAGAUAACAUAGUCAUCGUUUGAUCUGAAUCACUUAUUUGGAGCUCUAAAUUUAAUAUUUUUAUUGAUUACAACAGCUUUCUGUUCCUAUAUUUUCUUUAAACUUUGGAAGGAUUCCUUACAAGCUGUUAAGCAAAAAAUAAUCAUCAAUCAUCAAAAUCUUAAAGCAUUUUACUGUCACAAAAGUUGUGAGAUUAAACCAAACCCUCGCUGUUCAGUCUCUCUGGUAUUUUGAAUAGUUUGAUGUUUUGGAUGGAUUUUCUGCUCUUUCAGAAGGAUGUGAACUGGGACCUAUAGCUUCGAGGAAUGAAACUUGCCUCCUGUUUUAUUGUAGCUUGCGCAAAUAUCAAGGACAUGUUAAUUUAACAUUUUGGUAACCCUUAAGUGUAAUUGUAGGUUAAAGGGCGUCUGUUAUACGCUUUCAUGUGGUAUUUGGGCAUGCGUGGGUGUUGGCGGUGCAUGAACACAACCAUUUUACAAUGAUAAAAAUCAUUUUUUAAUAGCCUUUAAACCGAAAAUCAGUCUCGUUAUAGGCCUCUGAAGCAGCUGUAACAUCAGCACAGUUUCACAAGCGGUCCCAGUGCUCUGUGUUCAGAUGCAAGGAUGAAGAUGACAGUCUUUAUUUUCUCCUAACAUCUGAGCUGCUGAGAACGCUGUGGAUUUCUCUCAUUUUUCAAGCUACGGAAAUAUGCAUUUAAAGCGAUGCACUCCAAAACAGCUCUUCUUUUGCACACAUUUUCCAGCUAUUAUAAUAAAUUAUAUGUGGUGUAUUUUGGCGCAUUCCAGGGAAACCCACGACCAAUACUACAUCUUGCAAAAAGGUGUGUUAAACACUUUAAGUCACAGGUUAUAAUAUUCUUUCUUUCUUUAUUUGUUUAUCCUCAGCAGAAUCUCUAUGGUAUGUUAUAGCAGCAUCUUUGGUUAUAUUUCUCCCUGUGAUUGGUUGCUGCAUCUACCAAUAGAAAAGGCCAAAAGGUGAGCUAAUAAAUAUUAAGUAUCCUUUUUAGGUUAUUUUAAAUAUGCGUGAACAGUUUGACAUUGCAUAGCGUGAAACAAACAACACAAUUAAAAUAUGGCAAUAUAAUAAUGAUGAUAUCCACAAUAUUUGUGGAUAAAAUGUGAAACGUUGGAACCGUAACAUGGUAUUUGUAAUUAAGAUAAAGCUGUGAAGUGUCCUGAUUCUGUUGGAGUGAUUGUACAGAUCAGCGAGUGAGAGUUUUCUUGUUUUAAGCAUUUAAAGGAUAAAGAUCACAGCUUGAUCAAACGUGCUCUUAGUUUUUAAUAGCAGGUUCACGUAAAAGCUCAAAGACCAGUGUCACACUUGCAAGAACAUUAAAUCCACACAUUUCUUUAUAGAGAAACCAGUCAAAACACUGUAGAAAACGUGUCACUUCCUGUUGUAUCUCUGUAUCCGUUGCUAAGAUACUGGAUGAGAGAAAUAAUGACAAAAGCAAAACUAUAUACAUGCAGAAACUAGUCAAACAUAUUCAAAUGUGUACAGUGCUCAUUGCGAAAGAAAGCUGAAAUUAGAAAUGUUUUUGACAUUAUUUAUACUUUGUGUUCCUCAUAGAGACUGUCUGUGCUGUAAGUGACCUUAUUGUGAUUGUGUUCAUUAAACUUUUAUUAGUCGUGGUUAAAAGCCCUUCCUUUUAAACCCUGUUUGGAGUCUGUGUAAAGUACAGAUAAAGCACUGCUAACCAGAGGGACUGUAUUUCUACGUUUUAUUAUUUAUACUCUUGAUUGAUUGUCCUGACCUAAAAAAGGUUUUGUAGUAGACCUGUGUUCACGGUUUAUCCUCUUAAAUGGUAUGAAAUCUCUGAAAAUGAUAAUAGUGUUAAUGACUAAAUUAGUUUUACAGCUGGACUUUUCCUGAAGGAGAAAGUGGAAGUGUUUGUUCAUAAAUCCACCAGUGAGGGGCGGCAAAGCCUCAAAACUAAAUGAACAAAGGUAAGCUCAUUUUAA